AUGUCACGUUCUGACGAAAAUGUGAGUACUUCAGCGGAGACCCACUGCAUAUUUGACGAGGGCUGUUAUGAAAUGGCUGGCAUACGGGCGUUCAUCCCACAGGAGGAAGAGCAGGAGAAUCGGAUUAUAGGUGGGCAGGCAGCAUGGGCACAUUCAUGGCCAUGGCAGGUUUCCCUGCAAUACUCCAACAUGCCAGCCUGCGGAGGCACCAUCCUUGACCUCCGAUGGGUUAUCACAGCCAGCCAUUGUUUCAAACGUUAUAAAAAGGCCUCACUCUGGAUCGCAGUGGUUGGAAGACAUGAUUUGGAGAAUGCAAAUGAAACAUGCCAGCAAACCGUAAAGGUGGAUAAAAUCAUCCAGCAUGAGAACUACAUCCAAAAGACAAAAGAGAAUGACAUAGCCCUACUGAAACUGCACACUCCACUUGUGUUUAAUGAGUGUGUGAGACCUGUUGCCAUCUGGAUCGGAGACUUGCCUUCUCAGGAAUCAUGCACAGUCACUGGCUGGGGUGCCAUCAGAGAAAAUGGUCCACGUGCCUCCAGACUUCAAGAGGUUAAUGUAACUGUUUUUGACCCACAAACAUGUAGCACAUUUUAUGAAGGGAAAAUGCGUGAGUUUAUGAUGUGCGCUGGGGCAGAUGCUGGCGGAAUGGAUGCUUGUCAGGGCGACUCUGGUGGUCCCCUUUCAUGUUUCACAGGUGAAAGGCACAAGCUUGCUGGAGUGGUCAGUUGGGGGGUCGGAUGUGGUAGGACUCAAAAACCAGGGGUUUACACCACAGUUUCCUUUUACAAACAAUGGAUUGAUUCUGCAAUACAUGCUGAAUUUGUGGCAGAAAAUCCUGGAAAGGAUUCAGCUGCCCAGUGUGGGCAGUCCAAAAUGGACCCCUGUCUGCUGCCCAGUGGCUUGGCACAGGUGGUGUCCUCUGAGGACGGCACAUUCAGUGUGGAGAAUUUGAGUGAGGCAUGCCCUAACUCCUGGCCCUGGCAAGUCAGCCUGCAGAGUCACAAAACACAUUACUGCAGCGGCAUCCUCAUUCACCCGAACUGGAUACUGGCACCACGGCACUGCCAUGCCAAGGCUGGAGAUGAUGUGGUCUUGGGGGCUCAUGACUUCAACUUUAUAUCCGGCCAGACUGUAAUUGUGGAAAGCGUGCAGAGUCUGGCCCACGAUGGCAGCUUCCCACCCGUCUCUGAUCUCUCCAUGGUCCGCUUAAGUGUUCCGGCUCGAUUAGGACUGACAAUAUUCCCAGUAUGUAUAACGGAUAAAGAUGAUGAAAUGGUUACUGAAGAGGGAUCGUCUUGUGUGACAACUGGUUGGGGGUCGAGAAAGGCUACCUUGGAACUGAGCCCUGAUAUCCUGCAUAUGGCUAGAGUUAAGCCUUUUUCUGAGAAGGCCUGCAAGAUUGGCUGGGGGAACAUUUUUAACGAGAAAUCUCUCCUGUGCACAGAUGGAGCAGCAUCCAUCUCCUGCUUGGGCGACUCAGGUGCACCCCUUAUGUGUGAGAAAAAUGGCACCUACUACCUUGUUGGACUGUCAACAUGGGGGGGAAAAAAAUGUGUACCUCAGAAACCAGCUGUGUUCACCCAAGUGUCAGCCUUCUACUCAUGGAUACAAACUUGUGUCAAAAAUAAUACCUGUAAUAAAGUUUAUUAA